GCCGUUUACCACCCGGUUAGCAACAGAUCAUCACAUAAACCAUCACCUAACCUCACACAACUUUCAAAAUUGUGCCAUGUCUGGUGAUUUUGAGGCAAUCGUGAAAUAUCUCAAAGAAAAGGUACUCUACAGCGAUGAAGUUGUGGGCAAAGAGAAGGAAAAGAAGCAAGUGUUGAAUUUGCUUCGAAGAACUGUGGUGGAUGGUGAGUCGAACUCCAUGCUGUUGAUUGGGCCCCAAGGGGCUGAGUCGUCCAAGUUAGUGAACAGUGUCCUGAAGGAGCUGGAGGGAUUAAAAGACUACAUAAUAGUAGAACUCCAUGGGCUGCUCCACACGGACGAUCGGCUGGCUUUGAAAAGCAUCACUUUUCAACUGAAUUUGGACAACGCCGUUGACGGCAAAGUUUUCGGUAGUUUUGCCGAGAACCUGGCAUUCCUGUUAGCUUGCUUGCGAACUGGCGGAAAAGAGUCAUCGAAAAGCGUCAUUUUCAUACUGCAAGCAUUCGACUUGUUCUGCGCCCACCACAAUCAAACGCUGCUGUACAAUUUGUUUGAUAUUUCCCAGAGCGCUCAAACCCCAAUCUGUGUCCUCGGCUUGACUUGUCGCAUCAACGUGAUUCAACUGCUAGAAAAACGGGUGAAAUCCAGGUUUUCCCAUAGGCAAAUGUUUCUUUAUGCGGGUUCAGAAGAAACAUCCGAUCUAGACUUUGCCUUGGAUAGGAUGGCUUGGUACCUGGAGCUUCCUCCGAAAUGCCCCGUAGGAAUCACUAGUAAAGCCAGAGAUGCAUGGAACCUUAAUGUGCAGGAGCUUCUAAAAAAUAAAAAGUUUAGAGCUGUAACUGAAAGGAUGAUAGGUUUGGAGCUUAGCGAGCAAAUCUUGAAGAAUGUGCUACUCAAAUGCCUGUAUUCACUCACAAACACCGACCAACUUCUCACUGUGAACCAGUUCGAAAAAGAGCUGGAAUCUUUGGAAAAAGACGAGAUGGUUCAAGUCUUGCAGGAUUUGAGCGCCUUGGAAAUUUGCCUUAUUGUAGCCAUGCAACAUCACAGCGAUAUUUACGACAACAGUCCAAUGAACUUCGAAAUGGUUUACACCAGAUAUGUGAAAUUUGCCCAUAAACAUUCAAGUAUGCAGAACGUUCAACGGCCAGUCGUCAUGAAGGCAUUUGAGCAUAUAGAGGCCAUCGAACUGAUCGCGAUGGUUAAUCAACAAGGCAGCGCCAAGUUGCAAAAGGAGUAUCAGUUUUUCAAGCUCUUAGUCACGCCGCAACAGAUUUCGGAAGCGAUUGGUAAAAUGCAAGGCCUUCCCACUGAAAUUGUCCAAUGGUGGAACAGUUCACUAAUUUAAUUAGACCUGGAUGGAACCUAAAGAACAAACAAACUAUGAGGUUGAAUUCAAUAACAUAUGGUAUAUUAUUUACAUUUAAUAUAAAACGUGUUAGUCCCUGUAGCGCAAUAUGGAACUCACAAGAACAUUUCAACGUGUGGAAAAGCCUACUAUUCGUUAUUUUAAAGACAAAUUUAACACAAUCACAACCAAAAAGCUUCAAAUUUACUUGGAAAAACCCAAAUUGCACAGUGUCUUCAUAGAGCCUUGUAAGCCACGCCAUCACAAAAUACAAACAGAUAAAUAUUGAUAUAAGUAGACGAA